AUGAUCGAGUAUUACUUUUUUACAAUAAUAUUAGUAUCAAUCUUUAAAACUACUUACGGACAUAUUGAAGCCGCCAAAUUAGAAGAGGAAUGCAAAAUAGCGGACAUUUGCCGACACGACCAAGUCCCGAUCUGCGGUAUCGAUUCCUGUGGGGAAAUGAGGACGUUUAUAGACACCUGUGACAUGCACGAGUUCAACUGUGAUAGCAAGAAAGAUUUUGUCCAAAAACCACAACACGAAUGCUGGGUGACGUGCAAACGAGGCAGGAGUUUCAAGAAGACAGAAUUCGGACUUGACUGUGACAAACAAAACCUAGUUUAA